CCGCUUUUCCUUCUCUCCCUCACCAUUUCUUCGCCGUGCGCAAGUCAGCUUGGGAUUCUUUGACCUCCUCUUCUAUUUCUUACGAUCAUUUUCGUUCUAAUUUGGCCCAAUCAUGGUUCAUUACCACAACCACUCUAUUGGAGACAUACGGGGUUUAAAGGAAACAUUCUGGGGAGCAAAUCGCCCGUUAAUUCCUAUCAACGAGAAGGGAAGAUGGAAUAGUGUCGAUGAGAAGCAUGGUUUUCGAGAUUCAAACUCUUUCGCCGGUCGCGCUUAUUCACGAAUGAAGAGAUACGCUUCUCGCUACUGGUCCCAGCGAGCCACGACACCCAUCAUGACUACAAAAUCAUCUUUAACGACACCACCCUCGAUUGAUUCCUCAAACGUUCGUUUUGUGUUCCUUUGCGCACUGUGGUACACCUCCUCAGCGCUGUCAUCCAACACAGGGAAGGCCAUCCUCAUUCAAUUCCGGUACCCCAUCACAUUGACCUUCGUCCAGUUCGGAUUUGUCGCCUUCUAUUGUCUUCUUUUCAUGUCCCCUAUCAUACGAUUUUCCCGGCUACGUUCGCCUACGAAGCCAAUCUUGAAGGACACACUAGUUAUGGGCAUGUUUCAGGUUGUGGGUCAUAUAUUCUCGAGCAUUGCUAUUUCCCGCAUACCGGUCAGCACCGUUCAUACUAUCAAGGCUCUUUCACCGCUAUUCACUGUCGCCGCGUACGCGUUGCUUUUCGGUGUCAGCUACACAGUCAAAACGUACACAUCUCUACUUCCUCUUACAAUAGGGGUCAUGCUGGCGUGCUCCUUCGACAUGUCAGCUUCAAAUGCAGUUGGAUUGCUUUGUGCAUUCGGUUCUGCCCUCGUUUUCGUGAGCUCAAACAUCUUUUUCAAAAAGAUCAUGCCUUCAAGUUCCGGAGGCGGUCACACUUCGCAUAAGCUGGACAAAAUCAACCUUUUAUUCUAUUGUUCCAGCAUGGCAUUCCUACUCAUGAUUCCUAUCUGGAUGUAUUAUGAUCUUCCCGUGCUCCUCUCCUCGACUCAUGUGGCCCAUCCCUCACAUGGCCAUUCCACACCCCACUCGGUCACCUAUUAUUUCGUGAUGAACGGCACGGUCCACUUUGCCCAGAACAUCAUCGCAUUUGUGAUUCUAUCCUCCACAUCCCCAGUCACCUAUUCUAUCGCCUCGUUGAUCAAGCGGGUUGCCGUGAUUUGUAUCGCAAUUGUGUGGUUCAAACAGACGGUACAUCCCGUACAAGCGUUCGGUAUUGUCUUGACUUUCGGUGGUCUAUACAUGUACAACUCUGCAAAGUCCGACGUUGAACGAGGAGAGAAAAAGAUGAGAAGGGUAGAAGCUGUGAAGGAUAUGAUGUUACCAUCCACGAUAGCAGACGCGAAGAUGAUGGCAGGAGAUGAAAUACCUCCCGAGUAUUCCGAGUUUCCAACGAAUGCUAUAGAGGCGACUGGAACAGGGAUAGCCGGCAAUGGCGGCCUUCACGGCAGACCGAGAGCUGCAUCCCAUCAUCACUCUCGUCCUCCCCCACUCUCUGUCAAGAUCACCCCGCCGAAUUUCACCAACAUUCAGAUCUCCCCGAGUAAGGAGACUCGGUUACCCACUGUCAUUUAUCCUUCACCACCGCUCUCAGUAGACUCACCUCCGUCAAAGACGGUGGAACUUGGGGAUAGUACCCAUCAUCCAGGUUUCUUGCAGCAUGACAGUAGAGAGCAUAAUGCUGGCUACUUCCACUCGCCACGGACAACCGCAGUUGCCGCCUAAUUAUGUCUUUCGCUUUAUUUAUGUGUUAUUUCUUAAGGCAUGUCAUUGGCAUCUAGAGAUGGACCCUACCGGAAUAUGGGUUGUCUUGUCUCUCGCCCUCGUCAAUUGUCCAUACUGUCUCGAUUAAUCAUUUAUCAAAAGGACCUACCCAUCUUAGUGGCUGUACGCUAUUCUGUCUUUACAAGUAAGUUAUAGAUGAUUUGUGAUUCCGAGAAUUUCGAAGUCAUCGGUGCAUUCGUGCUCCCACUUACCGGACGAAGGGAUUGUCGACAGACCCUGCAGAAAGAUGGACAACCUGAGCACUCCGACCAUCCAACGGGGCGGGAGAUGAAAAGCGAGGAGUAUGGAGAGGGUUAGGCAAGUGGGGUGUGGGGAAAGCGGGAUAAAGGGAGGUUGAGUCAAAUUGAGUCAGGGUACAAAUUGCAGAUGCGGGAAGAAUAUCAAUAAACGGAAAAGGGUACUGUCGUUGUGUAGUGGAGGUAAGUAGCGUGUGCGCCACAAGAAUGGAAAUAAGAAAGAGGUGGGAAAAUGGAAAGAAGGAAAGAUGAAGAAAGGAGGAAUGAAUGGCGAAAAAGAUUCUGGUUCUUGUGUCAACUGAUCCACAGUCCGACAGAAAGAGACACUUUCCUCACUCAGCUAUAAAUACAUUCAGAACGGAGACCACUUGGCACUACAAGCAUCUUGAAUGGCCUG